AGUGGAGAGAACUCAUUACUGUGAUACGACCAAAAUUUAUGUAUCAUUAAUAGUUUUAUUUUUUUUUAUUACACAUUAUAGUUAAAUAGUAAUUUAUAUGAUGGAUAUUCGGGACGAUCAGAACCUCGUGUUCAACAUAACAUUGGCAAAAUUUACAGGAUUAUACCAAAUGUUGAAUCCUCAAACCAUACGAUGUCGUGGAUUAAACGUUCACCACUUUAUUAUGGCAUUCAUUGUGCUCUAUGUGUGUGUAAUUGGAAUGAUAUUGACCGUUAGUGGUGUGUACUAUUGGACGGACAACAUGCCUCUGAGCAUAGAUUAUAUUUGGAAAGGUAUCACUUGUAUGAGCAUGUUCUAUCCAAUGUGUGUCAUCGUCCACUACUCGAAUGCCAUAUGGGACUGUUUGUCGAUCACGUGCUACGGUUUUACAUCGCAUAGCCUCCGAGACAGACAUAAUUGUAUACAGAAUCAUUGGAGAGAACGAUCUGUGUUGUUUACGACUACAUUGACAGUACUGUAUUUCACAUCAGUGACAAUGUUUUUAGUUAGUUCCCUGUCAUUGUCGAACGUAAUUUUACUGGUCAAAAAUCACGACGGUUCAGUCGGCAAUUACCGCCAUAACAUAUUCAAUUUGUAUUUAUUUGUAUCUGACGAUACGUACAAUGCACACUACACUAUGUUCUACGUGGUCGAGGCUUUGGGCGUACUCUCAUUUUUAAUAACAUUGUACGUAUUUGAUUUUCUUCUGGUGACACUUUGUUUAGCCAUACGCUGUCAGAUGCAAAUGGUUUGCACCGCGUUCGAAUCAGUUGGGCAUAAAUUGCUUAGCAACGAUCUCUCUUUAGUCGAUUGCAGAGAUGAAAAAGAAAAGUCACCUAACAAGCACGACUUAAUACAUGAUGAAUUAAAAACAAUUAUAAUGGAUCAUCAAGCAGUUAUGAAGAAAUAUGAUGCAUUUUUCACAAUAUUUAAACGAGCUUUGUUGCUACAAAUUGUUGUUUUCUCAAUAGGAUUCAUCAUAGUAUGGUUUUGUUUCAUAAUGAGUUUCUCCAACGAUGAAAGAUUUAUAAUCUCGAGAAUAUUUACAGUCAAAAUAUUUAGUGUAAUUCCUUCAAAUUUAUUUAAAAUAUUUGCACUGUGCUAUUUAUUUGGAAACCUACACGAUCAAAAAGAUUCAAUAAUAUUCGCAUUGUACAGCAGUAAUUGGACCGAAAUGGAUAUGAAGUGUAAAAAGUUGAUAUUGUUAACAAUGAAAAUGAAUAAUGCCAACCAAAAAAAGCUAAAAUUUACUCGAACAAGAAUCGUAAACUUGGAAAUGUUUUUUAAGACAAUGCGUGAUUCAUACUCAAUUUUAUCGGUUUUAAUCAAUUAUAUAAAACACAUGGAUGAAUAAUUAUUGUUAAUCAAUUUAGUUAAUUAAUUAUACUAUGAAUAUAAAUAAAUAUUACUUUCAACAUAGUUCUACUUCAACACAUCAACUAAAUAAUUAAUUUAGGCAUAACCAAUAACAUAUUCAAUUUUGUUAUAUAACAAUGUACCUAGAUUUUAUAAUUAAUCAUUAAAAUAAAUUAGUUAUAAGUUUAUUGUAUUAUUUUAAUAUUUUGUAGAUUUGUAAUGAGUAAUGACUUUCAAUCGUGUGAACAAAUAUUGUCAUAAACGUUAGAAUUACCUAGUACAUAAUAUUAUUAAACUUUUCUUGAUUGAAUAAAGUUAACUAGGUUACAACAUUAUCACGUUGACAAUGUGGUUGUAUCCUAUAUAUUUUAUAUAUAAAUUCAGUUUUUUAUGCCAAAUAAAUUAAUAUUUUCCAUAAUUGAAUGUUUCAAGUACAUGUAGACACAAGCAUCAAACACCACACCACAUACCGAUACCAUAUCAAUUAAGUGAAGCCUUAUAAAAUAAAAACAUCGCGGUCGACUUCUCAAAGGAAAUCAUAUUAUACUAUCUAAUUUAAGUUUAAAUUAAAUUGUAAACCAUAUGUAAAACAAAUGUAUAUAAAUAACUAAUAGUACCUAGCUAAUGUUUUUAUAUCUAAUAAAAAAAAAAAAUCAGUUAAUAGUAACGCACUUGUUGAGUAUAAUAAUAUAAAAAAAUAUUUUAUUAUUAUAUUUAU